CCGUGAUCUUGUCAACCGUAAGACUUUGGCGAAAGAAUCCGUUGGCACAGAGGCAAUCGCUUUAUGAGGGGCUCUAUUUUAAAAGUGGCUUUGAAUCUCAAAUAACAACUCUGAGAAGAUCUUUUAAAAGAUUCCCUUUUCAUUCAUGACUUAAAAAUCUACUGUACGUUUAGCGUGAAACCAUUAAAACAUUUACGAUGAGUGUAGAAGAACCCAACUUGGAACUGACGAUGGAGAGCAGGAACAGCCACAACGGAAGCAGCGACAGGCUUGGACUGAGCUUCACUAUUGACUACCUUCUGUUCAAUAGCGGAGUCAAAGGUUCGAAAGGAGAAGUGACGGCAAGUAGCGCGACGGAGCAGACGGAGAACAAUAUGCUAAAUGACCAGAAUCCUGAACUAAAAGAGGUGGAGAUUCAUCGCAAUGUACAGGGGACGCUCCCACAGGAUCCGGACCUAGACACAGGAAAAAGUAAAACCGAAGAGGAGUGGAACAAAGAAAAACACGAGGAGGGAGAGGAGGAAAUGACCACCACAAGCUGUAGUUCUGACAAAUCUUCAGACAAACCAAACCAGUCGUACAUUGCGCUCAUCUCAAAGGCAAUUCUGGCGUCUGAGGAAAAGAAACUGCUGUUGUGUGACAUCUACCAGUGGAUCAUGGACCACUAUCCUUACUUCAAGAGUCGCAAACUGUCACUGCCUUCACCAGGUGCGACAGCAGAUUGGAUGCAGGCCAAUGGAUUAAAGUUGAUCGCUAGUCGACGUGCUAAAAAGGAUAAAAACUGGAGAAACAGCGUGCGCCACAACUUGUCCCUCAAUGAUUGCUUCAUCAAAGCAGGUCGAAGCGACAAUGGCAAAGGCCACUUCUGGGCGAUUCACCCUGCAAACUACCAAGAUUUUUCAAAAGGCGACUACCAAUGCCGGAGGGCACGGAGAAGGGUGCGCAGGGUGGCAGCUCAGAUUCGUCUUUCCUCCCUAACUUCCCCCUACCACCCUGCCGCCACUCUUACCCUUCCUCACAGAACGACCUGCUGGUGCUGCCCUCAGAUCCCGACACUUCCUCUGUCCUGUUUGACUCCCAGGCUCUACUGGCCAUGGUCCAGCAUGCACCCACAAGUGGGUCUCCACCUGGGUCUCAAUCCCUCUUUACCCUGAGAGGGUUUGACUCCUUCUGUAUUUGCAGUUUUGGAUGUCAUGUUCUUACUAUGUGGUAAAAGGGAAAACUCUAGAAUUUUAUUUCAUGUUGUUCAUGUCGUUAGAUGAUUCCAGUUUACAUUAUAGCCCUAAUUUUAAAAAUAUGAGUAGUUAAAUGAAGAAGUUUAAAUAUUUUCUGCAUUUCACUCCCUUGUAUUCUAGUAUUAGAAAGUUGUGCUAUAAUUUCAUUAAAUUAUGU